UUUUGUUUUUUCCCGCCCGGCUUCAUUAUUGAUGGCAUCGGGACGUAAUGCGGAAGCAUGUGUGAACGUUUCAUUACAAAAGGUGGACGCCGCUCGUGUUAAUAUUGCAGACCCGCCGGACCCGACCGGACGGGCGGACGGCUCGCGCGACAAAAAAAAACUUUAUCACACUACCAACCAACAAUAAAAAAAAUAUAUUGCAAUUAAUUAAAAAUAAAAUUAAAUCUCGGGAUCGGUCCGCGGAAUUUUGAAUUUGGAAUCGAGCGCGGUGCAACUAUCGGGACGCGUGCCGGCAAAGUUUCCAGAAGUUUGGCUAAAGUUUCGUCACGUGCGUGUGUGGACAGCGGACCGGUCGCGUGACGGAUUGGCCGGACGGUCGCCGGUCGACGGCGCGGCGAUCCACAUUCCAAAUUCGAAUUUUCCGCCGUUUUGUUUUUUUGAUUUCGAACAGUUUUUUAUAGUGUUCGGAAAACGCGCCGCCGGUAUCCGGACAAUCGCAUGUGACUUUGUUAACGUUUUGUUAAUUGUUUUUUUAUUGAAAUAAAUUCAGUGGCGUCGAGCAGCCAGCGGCCGAGAUCAAACAAAAGAUAACCAAACGGACAAAUCAUCUCACAACGAUCGGCGGACGUCCCACAUGACUCGCUAACAAAACAUAAAACAUUCAAAAUGGUGGAGAGUCAAACACAACACUUCUGCCUGCGGUGGAACAACUACCAGCGCAGCAUCACUAGCGCCUUCGAGAACCUUCGGGAUGACGAGGACUUCGUGGACGUGACCCUGGCGUGCGAUGGGAAGAGUCUGAAGGCGCACCGCGUCGUGCUAUCCGCUUGCAGCCCGUACUUCAGGGAGCUGUUGAAAUCAACGCCAUGCAAGCACCCAGUGAUCGUGCUCCAAGAUGUGGCCUUUACGGACCUGCACGCGCUGGUCGAGUUCAUCUACCACGGCGAGGUCAACGUGCACCAGCACAGCCUGUCCUCGUUCCUCAAGACCGCUGAGGUGCUGCGCGUGUCUGGACUCACGCAUAAUGACGGAGCUCAGACUGCGCCGCUGCUGCAGACGAUGCGCACCUCAGCAGCACCAUCUCCACAUACUCCGCCGCACACCGCGCACUCAAGCCACAUGCCACACACGCCCAACUACACCGAGAAACUCGAGGAGGCCCUCCUCCAACCAUCCUCUAGCGUGCCGCCGAUGAUGCGCAGAAUCCCGCUGCCGCCCCCGCGCCGCAUGAGCAGCUCAGCAGACAACUCCCCUGACGUCAUCAAGCGCCCGCGCCACGACAACAAUAACGAACAGCCACAGAUACAUGCAGCAGACUUCUCUACAAAGAACCACUCGAUGGUGAACAACCGAGCCCACGCCGAGCCCGGAAACAACGGCAACGGCAUCAGCAAUAGCAGCUCGUCCCCGUCCCCCCGGCUGAUCGACGAGGUGAAGAACGAGCCCCUGGACAUGAUAUGCCCCUCGAACCCUGAUAUAGACAGGAGCACUGAUGAUACACCGCCGCAUUCCCAUCAUCGGCCAAUGGGAGGAGGCCCUCCAUCACGCGGCAGCUCAGCGGAUGCUGAAGACCGCACGCCACCACCGCAGCUGCCGCCUUCGCCGUUCAUACCGCCACCAGACACCAAGCUCUUCACUCCCUCGAACACCUACAACUUCACCAUGGAAGCCCUCACUCAGCAUCCAGGACUUACCAAUCUGCAGAGCCCGCUGUCCGCCGACGGGAUGGCCAGCACGUCGCAAGCUGUACCGCCCCUCCGUAUGCCCCCGCCCACCGCCGGCGGCAUCAACGAGCCUCAAGAGUGUCCCUACUGCCGCAGGACAUUCUCUUGUUACUAUUCACUGAAACGACACUUCCAAGACAAGCACGAGCAGUCCGACACGCUGUACGUGUGCGAGUUCUGCCACCGGAGGUACCGCACCAAGAACUCGCUGACGACGCACAAGAGCCUGCAGCACCGCGGCUCCAGCGGCAUGCUCAAGCGGCUGCUCAAGACCUCCGCGCUGCACAGCGCGCUCGCGCCGGCGCCGCACCACCUGUUCGACCUCGGCGCCAGCGACCACGGCCCGCAGCUGCCGCCCGGCCUUCAAUGACCACAAACUAUGGCUUGAACCGGUGGUAACGCUCCCUGUUCCAAAUAGGCCCGGACUGCUGUUCGGGUGUAUUUGUAAUGCGGCGAAACGGACGCGGACGCCAACCCGACGCGCUCGGGCUGGCUUCACAUGUGCAAUAUAACGGGACAAUGCCAAAACAAUGCAGGAAUAUGCCGCAUUUAUAUGGUUAAUCGUAUUAUAAUUAGUAAAAUAUUGACGUUAGGUUUAAAAUUACACGAACAGUAUUGUGGCACGCGGCUUGUAGCGGCCGCCUAGUGUUGUACGCUUCGACGGUGGACUUGCUCCGUGUCGCGACGUCACGUCAUGUCACAUCACGUCACGUCACGUCGCGUCGCGUCACGUGCAUAACGCGAUGUACCGACGUUUUCUAGUGAAAAUGUCCAAACAGUGUUCAAUAUGACAAUGUAAUCCAGAGCAAUACUAAAGUAUUAAUAUAUCUAGUACUGCCAAAUGUAUGCCAACUGUAUUCUAAAGAGAUGAUACAUUUUUUAAAGAUACACUUUUCGAUUAAUGUCUAGUGUCAAAUUAGAUUCGGUAACUGUACAAAACGAGAAUGUACAAAUUUUAAAAAACAGUAAAUUUAAAAAAAAUUCAAAGAAAAUAUUUUUUAAUGAAACUUUUUUCGGAACGCCAAAUCUAAAUUAAAUAAAAUAAUACAGAUUAUUUAGGAGUUAAUUACCAAAAUUUUUAGAUUAAAAAUGUUGAUGUUGAGUAAACAUAAAAGUUAAAGACUUCUUAGAAUCUGAUUCCGAAAGUACAAAAUUUAACGUCUUACGAACAAUACGAAUAUAUAAAUCUAUGUGCGUUUGGCUUCAUUAAUGAUUAUGAUCAAUGUAUAAGUAGCCGUGCCUUCGUCUUCAUGUCAUUCAUUAACUUGUUGGAGGAUUGUUGGGACAAAGAGACGUGCUACGGAUGCAGGGGGCGCUCGAGGGUGUCGGAGGCGUCGCCGAGGCUGCCAGCGCGCGGCGACUCCCAGAAUACAGGGUUACGAGUGAGUGCAGUCAGUAGGGAUAGGACCGACAGAUAGCCUGGACGUGGGUCUUCGAAAAGCUGUUCGACGAUCGUAUACGUGUGCAUGAUUUCAAAUCAAGAAAUUGAAAAGAAAAAAACAUUUCUUGUGUAUAAAAAAUACGUAGUUUUAGGUAUUAAUUAAUAGAAUUAUAUUUAAUCUGUAUCCAGUUUGGGAUUUCUCUCUAUGAGUGUAUAGUGGUUCUUAUUUAAAUGUCGACCAACUUAGCGGACGUCUCGUUAUUGAAAAUUUAUUAGAUUAUUAUUAUAAUUAUUCUCAAAAAAAUCUUAGGAUUACAUAACCAUAAGAUGGCUGCAGAUUGUAUAAAAAAAUAUUUUUUAUUUACUUAUAUCGUAGGUAAUUAUUUGAGAACCGCGUUCAGUAACCACACGACAUAUCUUUUUAGGGUGAAUGUUUACAGAAAAUCUCAUUAUCAUGAAAUGUACCGUGGGCUUGAACUCCGACAUAUCACAAAACUAUAUCUCUAUAAUAAAGUAUUUUCUAAUUCAGUGAUAUUUCACGAAGCCAAAGAUAACGUGGAGAUAACUUUUGCAGUGCAUUUAUUUCCAAUAGAAUAUUAAAAAAAUAUAGAAAAAAUAUCUUUCUGAGAAUAAAGCGUUGUGCCAUAUCCACACAAGAAAACAUUCGGAACAUAUCAAAUCACUCAAAGUGAAUCUGGCUUUAUAUCGAAUAACCGUAUCAAACCCGCUGACGAUCGACGUAAAUUAUUUAAUCAAACGGAAAAUGCAAACUUUCUAACCUAAUAUAAUAACUUAAUAAUUUAGUUUACAAUUUAUUAGUUAUUUUUAUAAGCAUUGUAUUAUAUUUGCUUCAUCAAAAUAAAGCUUAGUUUGCGGUAAACAAUGCAAGUAAUUUUAAAAGUCGAUUUCUAACGUGUUUUGUCUUUUGGCUUGAUCAGUCGUUUUUUUCGAUGAAACCAUCCAAAUUUGGGAUAUCACAGGUCAACAACGCAUUUACCUCUGUUCAGUAAUACCUCAAGUUUUUUAUGUUUUGCUUAUUUAAUGUUUUAUUCACAAUGUUACACGGGGUGUUUCGUAUAGGUUUAAACGCAAUAACUGUUCGAAAACAUAUUUCGCCGGAGCUUAAAUGGGAAAAGCAAGCGGGUAGUUUAAAUUGUAUAUAUUUUAUAAGUUAGAAAUACAUUUCAUAACAAAUAUAUCGUGGCAUCCAGUACUAGGGGCCUCGUGAUAUUAAAUAGUGAAUAGAUAAAAUCAUUAAUGGAAAAAUGGAUUUUUUAUAUAUUCUACUAAUGGAUUUAUUGAUAGUGAAACUUAGACGUAGUCUUUGUAACAUUUUGUGCGUUUAUUGUUUCCGCUGUGCAAUUAUUUUUCAUCGGUUUGUCUGUUUGUUUAUGCUUGUUGUUAAACGCUUUGUUGGGAAAGUUUGUACUUUUUCCCAAGUUUUAUUUUUGAUGUUUGGAUAUUGAUUUUUUUUUCAAAAUUGUAUGAUCUCAGUUGACAGCUGCGUAAAACAUCAACAUUGGGGACAGCCGUAUGUGAUUGUUGUUAGGUCUUAUAGAAAGUUCGUGUUAAGUUUUGAAAUGUGUCGGCAAAAUUUUUUGAACGCAGCGUAGAAAUUAAAAUUCCAAAAAAAAACAGCGAAACAAUAAAAAAAGUGUAUUCUGUAAUGUAUACCAAAAUACUGCAUUUUUAAAUAAUAAGAAUGAAAGUGAGAAUUUUUCUUUUUUAAAUAUUUUUUAACAACACUCUGGAUUUAAUAUGCAGUUAUUUCGCUUUUUCGCCAGUUGUAUAACGUUAAGUUUUUAUUAAUGGGUAAUGUUUCAACCAGACUGUGUUACUACGUAGUGUAAUACAUAUAUAAACAACAACAAGAUGCCUUCAAUCAGUACAACUGUAACAAUAGCCUACGCUAGGUAAAUAUAUAAGAAUUACGCGUUUUAAAAUGACGUCUCAUACACAAACAUAUAAAUGUAUUUGAACAUAAUCCUGCAGUUUUAGUUCAGUAAUUUUACAAUUUUGAUGGCCAUUGCAGCUUGCGUAAGCCCCUAUCUUUCAUGUCAACCUAUCUUUCUUUUUGCGAAAAUAAUUAAGAAUGAAAAAGUAAUCAAGUCAAAAUCAAUAUCGUCAUCUAUAUCACAAAUGUUAAUACAAUGGAAAACAGUUUUUAUAAAUCUAGAAUUAAACUUCAAAUAGGGUCAACACAUGAAUACUCGGAUAGGUGAUAUAUAUUCAAACUGAACCGUUCAAAGUAAAAGUGAUAAGACAAUACUUAUAACUUAGUAUUAAACUUGUUUUUUUUUAAAUAAUUAUGUCCGACAUACAUUUAUUUUGAAGUUCAACGUUGACUAGACCUUAUAUUUAAGCAGGAAUUCACAUAUAAGUGCCAAGAGUUCUCUCUCAUAUUUGAAGUCAUUUUAAAACGCGGCUAUAGUGUUAUACAUUAUAUUCAUUUGCAAACGCCCAUUGCAACAAUCACUCAAAUAUAAUUUUCAACUCAUUAAUCAUUGGCAAUUCGAAUUUUACGAUUCGAUAACCUAUUUUGUAUUAUGAAUAGGUAUAAAAUCAAUUAGAAUAAGGCGUUUAUUACAUCUCACCUAAACACACAUGUUCACAAAAUACCGUUUCACAAAAUAUCUGUUUUUAAAUGCUUUUAUAACAUAAGUAUUAUUACCUCCAUUAUUGUAAGUAUUACCUCCAACUGCGUCGUUUAUUUUUAAUGUAUUAUUGUAGGUUGGUAGCGUCCCGCGGGACCAAACCGGGUUACUUCACAACAGCAGCCAGGAUGUGUCGAUUCUUAUAUUUAUUAUACUAUAUUGUAAAUGCAAACGAGAUAUAACUGUUGUUAAAUAGUUUUUACCCUACACAUAUUAUUUUUUGUUGAACCAUAUUCCAUAUAUAAAAUGCAAUAGUUCGUCGCGUGUUCGUUUUAACCGCGACAUUUCGUUGUUUAUGAGAUGUCUCGGUUGAAACGCAUCCGACCCCAGUAACUUCAAUAGUUGUUUUAUAUGAAAUGAUUUUAUUGCUCGGACGGGGAGAUAGCAGUUUUUAAGAAUAAAUCGACCACGAUCUUAUUGUUCAUUAAUAUAGCUAUUUCGCGAGUUUUCUUCACAGCGACACAUACAUGUGACGCCGGAGGAACAUUUUUAAAUUUUGUAGGCUAAGACACUUUCAUACUUGAUAUUGUUUUUUAUGAAGUUUCGCAUGUGUGUGUCGCGAUACGUUACAUUGUACAUAAAUUUCCGUGUCGAUGUAUUCUUGUAACCAAUAGCUUUAAUAUUUAUACCAGUAUCUUCCACUUUAAUGUAAUUGUAAUCACUCGUAGGGCAAUAGUUUUCAACCAGACCGAAUACCUCACUAUCUGAUAGUUACAUUUAUGUAUAAUUAACAAUAAGGGACAAUAGAGUAGCAGAUUUGUAAGUUCAUUUUUAUUUUUUAAUUACAGUGCGUGAAUUUGUGUUAGGUAGGUAUAAUUGAAAGUGUAGGACAGCUAUGAAAAAUAUAUUCCCUAAUAAAUAUCACGGGGAAUCAGAUGCAGGCGAUAAAAUUGAGGAUUUUAAAGUCAUUUAUCUAAGUUGUUGUCUUGGAAGGCUGUAACCAUAAGAGUUAUUAAUGAUUUUUAAAAAAUCCCGAACUUUGCUAUCCAAUCUCCUCGGAUCUUUUGAUUUCGAGUACUUAGUUUAAUACAUUUUGAGAGAAAAUAGUUGCUUACAGUAUCAUAUAUGCAACAAAGCCAGCAACGAACCUCUAGGAGUUCUCUGAAUAAAUUCCUGCGCCUCGCAUUCAAUUUCAGAUCCUCUAGGAGGUCUUUAAAUAAAAUCCUGCGCCUCGCAUUCAAUUUCAGAUACGACUUUAGUAAUAGUGAUUCUAUACAUUGUAGUCAAAUACACAGUUUGCGUACUGUACCAAAAGUCCGAAUAAAAGUCCGAAUAUUCAUUUAUAAAAUCUAGUCGAUAACUUUCGUGUUUUUUCAUAUUUACCCAUGGAUAUAGAAAUAAAUCUGCUAAACUUACAGUUAGAUUAAAUAGUUCCAUAACUCAAAGUGCACUUACGACUUUUUAUAAAUAAAAAAAAAUAAGUAUUAUAUAGUGAUAUAACCCCGUCUGAGCAUAUUCGUUGAAUACCAGUCUUUUACAAUACAUGAAUAUAAUAUAAGAAAUAUUUACAUUUAUAUACCUUAAUCGCAUACACUAUAAUGACAGUUAUUAGUAAAAUAACUUUUUAUCUACAGAUCAAAUAAGGCGGCUGGGCAAUUGUGUUAAAUUUAGGAACUAAAUGGAUUUCAUUUUUUUUUUUAUCAGUAUUUUAUAAACACGUCAACAUAAACUCUUAUAUUUAGUGCAUAUAGCAAUAAUGGGCUUCACAUCGGCCUUCAAUCUCAAAAGUAUCUUAUAUAAACUGGGAAAUUCGUAAUAAUUAUUGAAUUAUAUUAAAUCACUCUGCAUUAAGACCAUUGGUCUUAGAAAUGUUUCAGAAAUAAUACGUCGUAGUCCAGUGCUAUGUGGUUGUUGAGUGUUGUGUUUUUUUUUUCUUUUAGAAAGUUUACCAUAAUUGCUCAACCGUUACUUGUUAUACUUGAGUGACACAUUUUAUACACACAGAAAUAUUUUUUUACGAAGAAUUAAUAAAAAAUAAACAAUUUAUAUGUGAAAGUUAAUUAAGUGGCAAUUCUAAUUUACCGCACUAUAUUUUUGCUGACACACUUAGUUUUAGGACUUUUUUCUUUUAUUAUUAUUAUUUUUUCGUAAUUUAACGUAUGCACGAUCUGCAUUUUUAUAAGCAUUGAUAUUUUUCUUUUUUUUUCGUCUUAUAAGCGAGCGCCGAGCGUGUUGCGUGCCAGCGGUUUCUUUAGAACAAACGUAAAAGAAAAAAAUAUAAUAAUUUAUUGAUGGAUAAAAAUGACAACCGAAGGCGGGCAACACCGCGGCAUUUUAUUGCCUAAACUAAUAUUGAUUGUGUUACUAUUGUAAAGGUUAUAGUUUGCCAUCGUUGAUCAAAGAAAGAAAAUAUGUGUUAAAUAGAAUUUAGUUGAGAAAUGAGUUUUGUUAUACUUUUAGAAAGUUCGGGAUGGAUCAGUAGGCGAGCGUGUACAAAAUGUUUCAUAGUAUUGUGUAAUGUUCGGAAUUAAGGUUUAGGUAUGGCGGCGCGCCCGCAGCUUAUCUUGGAAAUUGUUGUAAGUUAACAUCUUAUUAAAGUCGGUGAAGACACUUAGAGUACUACUGUUGUAGCUGUAUGGCAAGGGUGUUUGUAAACCACUGGAAUCAUCAACGAAAACAGUUCUACGUAUGCCACUUGAAAAAAACAUCUAUAUCAUCAUCUUCAAACUUCAUGAGCUAUUCACAAACAUUGGCAGAAAGUCUUUUUCAAAAUACUAUCUCAAAAUUAUAAUCCAAACAUAUAAUUUUCACAUUGAUAUUAAAGUAGGUACCUAUAGCAUAAAAUAUACAAAUAAUAAAUUUAUUGAAAUAAAUAUUCAAAAAUCGCUGACAAAUACAACUUCAAUACAAAAAUCUCAACUUAAUUUACAGUUUAUACAAAUAUUAAUUGAUGUAAAUGUAAAAAUAGAUAAAUUUAUUACCUAAAAUGAUGAAAGCGGCUUAUUAGUAUCUGCUCACAAUGUUUCUGUUAUUAACAAAGUUGAAAUUUGAUUAUCCAAUUCAAAAAAUAUUGAUCGGUUUCAGUGGUUUGUAAAAGAUGGUGUCUUUACUUGUUUUGAUGUUGUUGAUAUAAAUGUGGUUAAGGAAUCAAUUCGGGUUGAAGGUGGGCUUUAUUUAUGUUUGAUAUUAAUUACCAGAAAAAUAACUUUACUCAAUUUAUAAUAAUUACUUACAUAAUUAUCUUCUUCCAUUUCUCAAUUUCAUAAAAACAUUUUUUUUUCUUUUUUAAUAUCUUCAUUAAAAGUUAAAUAAAAAAAUCUCGAAACACGAUUUCGGCCAGCUUGCUUCACAUAAUAUAACGAAAAAGUUCAUAUGUCUUUAAUAAUUUUUAUUUUUCAAAAAAGUUCUGAACAUAGUUUUUUCUCUGGAAGUUGAAGGAAAACAGAACUUAAAGCCCACAAUUGGUAGGACAUAUCAAAUAGUCGGAAAACUUAGUACUAUAAGUAUCUUUGAAUCUGACGAUUGGUUUUAUUGAGCGGAUUUACGUUUCAUUGUGGAAAAACGUUUCUAAUUCUCAUGAAAAGUAUAACAGUUGGAUGUAAAAGUAUAAAAUAAACUCGCAGUGAUUCCAUUUAUGA